GACUAUCACCUUUCCAACUGGAGCAGAACAUUUCUGGGACGGCAAAAAGGGUUAGAGGUCUGCUUUGGCCUCAAUCAAUUCAAUCAUCUCCUCCAUGCUACCCCUCGCCGAGUUUUAUUUCAAUACUGACCAUGGCUAUCUGGAGGGUCUCGUCCGAGGGUUCAAAGCCGGCCUCUUGACUCAGCAAGACUAUCAUAACCUGGUACAGUGUGAAACCCUGGAAGAUCUGAAAAUUCACCUUCAAACUACAGAUUAUGGCAACUUUUUGAAUGAAGAAACCGUCCCACUCACAGUUUCUACCAUUGACAAUAAAAUGAGGAAAAAAUUAUGCAGAGAUUUUGAGCAUUUCAGAAACAAUUCCCUGGAACCACUCAGCACAUUUUUCACCUAUAUGACGUGCAGCUAUAUGAUUGAUAAUGUGAUACUGCUGAUCAAUGGUGUACUACAAAAGAAAUCUGUCAAGGAAAUUCUUCUUAAGUGUCAUCCCCUGGGCAGAUUUAUGGAAAUGGAAGCUGUCAACAUUGUAGAGACACCCUCAGAUCUGUUCGAUGCUGUUCUGGUUGAAACACCUUUGGCUCCUUUCUUUCAAGACUGCAUGUCUGAAAAUACCCUUACAGAAGUGAAUAUUGAAAUAAUGCGUAACAAGCUUUACAAAUCAUACCUCGAAGCUUUCUACAAAUUCUGCAAAGAACAUGGUGAUGUCACAGCAGAAGUAAUGUGCCCUAUUCUUGAGUUUGAGGCUGACAGACGUGCUUUUAUCAUCACUCUUAAUUCCUUUGGCACGGAGUUGAGCAAAGAAGACCGAGAAAAACUGUACCCAACCUGUGGUAAACUAUAUCCAGAAGGAUUGCGCCUACUGUCCAGAGUGGAGGAUUUUGAGCAGAUGAAGGUUGUGGCUGACCUUUAUGCAGAGUACAAGCCAUUGUUUGAAGCUGUAGGAGAUGGCCUUGAAGGAAAGUCACUGGAAGAUGUUUUUUACGAAUAUGAGGUAAAACUGAAUGUGCUGACCUUCAAUAGGCAGUUCCACUAUGGAGUGUUUUAUGCUUACAUAAAGCUGAAGGAACAAGAGAUGAGAAAUAUCGUAUGGAUUGCUGAAUGUAUUUCACAGAGACAUCGAACGAAAAUUAACAACUAUGUUCCUAUUUUAUAAUUCAAUGGGAGAAAUGGUUAGAAAAUCAACCAAGAUAAAUGUGGCUCUUGUGAAAAAUGAUAAAGGGUAUUUUGCCCUAUACUGUGGGCUACACAAAAAUAAACAAAGCUUCAUCUUACUAUGUAUCAGAUCUGUCAUUAAACCCUAUAAAUCAACACUACAAUAAUAGUCAAUUAUGUCUUUCUCCACCAGAAUUAAAUAAUUUUUUUACGUUUAUAAUUUAUGGUUCAAUAAGCAUUAAGUACUUUGAAAUUAUACUAAAAUCAGUUGUAAUUUACUAUACUAGUUUUGUACUUUUGAAGUCUUUUUCUCCUAGUUUUCCAGAGUAAGAACUUUUGAUCCUAACUCUCCUCUCUGUUCACAUACUUACACUCCCUACCCUGCCCCUUUUCUGUUCUUUUAAAUUUUUGUUUACUUACUUCCCUAAACUCCUUCUCUUACCUCUUGAAAAGGCCUAGGGGCCAGUAGCCACUAAACACUGUUUUAAUAUGCCUAGGCUUUUGUAUAGAUGUUGCUUUGUUGGUUUGGAACAUUAAUACAACUUGGAAUUUAAUUUUGCCUUAAUGUAAGCAAGUAAAUAUUUAAGACUUUUCAAACAAUAUCACAUCACUGUGAUACAUUAAUGCAUAUACUGGCUACCAAUGCAGAUGCUAACCCUUCCAUGCUUCCUCCAACUUCUAUUCUUAUCCAGAUCUUUCCAUAAAUAGUAAAUCUAACCAGUAUGCUAGAAACCAAAGAGGAGGAGGAAAAGGAGGAACAUAGCAACAACAACAUCCUCCUCUUUCCCAUGGAUACUAGCAUAACCCUGAAACUGCCUAUCUGUUGAUAUCUUAUUCUAUAUCUAAACCACUUCUUUUUUCUUACAUGUCAUUUAUAACUUAUGUCAUUAUUUGUUCAUUGCUGUCUAUGACUUUUAAAAAUUAUUCACAUAUUACUUUGAGAAAAAUACAUAUUUUUCUUUGACUUGCAAAUCAAAAAACCAAUUAUAUUGCACCACUUGUUCAGCAGAAUAAAUCACUGAACCAUAA